UUUCAAAAUUAUCCCAGUCACUUGAAUCAAAUCGCAUAUUGAACAUACCACCUUGAUGGCAAACUGUCACGUUAUUUGCACUCGAGAUAUUUGCACUUUUAGCGUCCUUUCAAUCAACUUUGCGAAUAGAAGGGGAAAGGGCUCUAGAGAUAUCUCUCGGAUAAGUGACACCUUAAAAAUGUACAUCUGCUUUCAAAAGAAAAUAGAACAUGCUGGUAUUUGCUUUAGAUAAAACUUUGAGGUCAAUCUUUAGCACGCGAGGUGUCUAUAAGUAAACUUUAGAACGCUUGACAAAUGGAUUAGGCGCGAAUAGUAAACACAACCGCGUAAAAAUGCCGCAAAGGAAUACCGUAAUAUCCCGGUGGUAAUAACGGGUAUAUUUAUGUCGCGAAUUAGUCUGCAUUGCGCGACCCCUUGAAUGUCUAUAAGGGGCCGUAUCGACGUCAUGAAUCGCCAGCGAAUAACACACACAGUCCAGACCACGGGAAUGAAUACUCAACCCCGAUGACGCAAGCGUGGAAUAACGACUUUCAUAUGUGUUGGUGUCUGACUGGUCGCUAUGGUAACCAUUGUAUUCUGGGUGUCAAAUGGGCUCCUCCCUCAUUCCGAGAGUCUCUUGCAAGCUACGGACAGUUCUGUCGAGUUGCACAAUAACCUAGCUUUUGGCUCUGUUUAAAUUUUGCGGUUGACUGGCUCUAGGCAUUUAGUGCUUUUAUAGCCGUGCAUUAGCCUCUUGGGUUGACGUGAAGUGCGGAAAGCGAGCGUCUAUUGCCUCUCUGCAAGUCUAUCACUUGCAUUUAACGCUCACAGCGCGGGGUAAUUCGUGACUGACCAGCAAAACAUUGCCGUUAUCAAGUGAGAAGUCGCUCUUCAAGAGUUCAACGCGAGCACGAAACCGAAUUUUAGAGCGUGCUAUUAGAAAGACCUUCGAGGACUUAUGAGUUUAUAAAGGACUUGAAAUUGUUUUGACAGGCCGAAUUAACACGAAGGUUCAAUAAGAAAUACUGGAGUCUGACUUAAGAGUGGACUUCUGCUGGUAUGGAUUCAGACAACGGGUCAGUAGGCUCGCCUCUUGCUUCUCCGGGAUUUAACGGGACUACGUCCGAAUCACCACUCGCUUCUCCCGGACUUAACGGGACGGGAUCGGACUCAGAGACAUCGUGGAGCUUUGACACCUCAGAUACAUUUAGCGAGGAUUUAGACCCUGAAAAGUGGAGCUUUGAGAUCCCUAAGACCCCUGAUCGCCGCCGCAGUAUUAUCAAGAAACCGCAAAUUCAGCUGGACCCUGUAUCAGCGCAGCUUUACGAGUUCCACGAGAAUCGUGUGCGGUUGAGCGUGGAGAGGAAGGCCAUCUGUGAAGAGAUCGCGUACAACACAGUGCAUAAGUGUUUACGGAAGAUCGAGACGGUUGAUAACCGGUUCCGCGCGAACAGUUUGGUCUCGCAGGGGAUUCCGUAUGAUGGACUGCAAGCGGAGGAGAAGAUACAGUUGGUGAUGUUGGUGCAGCUCUCGCUUGGUCCGACCUCAGCCAUGUACAUCGCCCGCGACCCACAGUCCGGUGAUGUCCGCAUGCAGAUGACUUCCAGCAGUCGAGGCGUAUGGGACGAUUGCCUCACUUUAAACGGAUUCGUAUCUGCCGCGAAGGUCAACGCUUUGCUGCGGAAAUACAUCAAGAAGGCUGUGGCGUUGCUGAACAUUCACAUCAAAGAGAAAAACACGAGCAAGCUACCGAAACUCUUAAGCAGUAUCGAGUUAGAAAGAGGCAAAGUUGUUCGCUUGACUGUGAAUAAGGAUAUCUCUAUCGAUGUACAGCCCGCGUUUGUCAAGCCCGAUUCCCGGCUGGACCCGUCCCGCAAAAGCUGCCCCUCCUCCUCUCACAUCGUGUGUAAACAAGUAUCCCAAACAGAGAUGGCGUGGCGCUUGUCUUUCUACGUCGGCGAGAAGAAUAAACUACGCGCAAUCGGGACCGAGGGCUGCCGGAUUCCUCUACUCCGGAUCCUGACGGAGAUCCGCGAUAACGAAGACGAGCUAAAGCUACUGUCCACAGUACAUCUGAUGCACAUCCUCUUUCACGAGUCCGACGCCAUUCCUGAUAGUAACGAGUGGACGACUGAAAAGAUUUCCGUGCGUUUUUUUGGUCUUCUUGACAGGAUGAAAAAAGCUUUAAAGGAUGGAGAGUUACUUCAUUAUUUCAUGCAACCUCCUGACUAUAAACCGUUCAACCUUUUUGCUCAAUUUGACGGCAAAACUCUGUCUGAUAUGUAUGAUAUCGUCGAAGAUAUUCGACAGACAUCUGGUAUGGAAGUGCUGGAGCAGGAAGGGAAGGACCGGAGGCAAUCCAUGUGGCCAUGGGAGCUAGAUCUGACUCUUCCUGCAGGGAUUUCAGGCUAGUAUGGACAACUUUGAGUAUUACCCCCAAGAACAUCUCGAAGGAGAUAAACACUAGAGAAUGGAGCGGGAAGCUGAGAAGCAGAGCCAAAGCUAAGGGA